AUGACUCUGCGACCCGAUAAGAAGUGCGGUGAGACGGUGCCCUCUCGUUUCCAUCCGCCGCGCACUCUCAAGAUAUUCUCAUGGCAAUGGCAUAUUCUGCUCCUGUACGCGCUAUGGUUCCUGUAUGACCGGAAAUCGCCACGAACGGGCGGCUACCGUAGGAACUUCGUUCAACGAUGGACAAUUUAUAAGUGGUUCGCUCAGUAUUUCCCAAUAACCCUACACAAAACCGCCCCUCUUCCAGCAGACCGAAAUUACAUUUUUGGAUGUCAUCCUCAUGGGAUCAUCGGUAUGGCAGUUACAUCAAAUUUCGCGUCGGAAGGGACCGGUAGAAGCAAACUGGUCGGUGGAUUCCCUGGUCUACGAUUUUCGGUGUGCACAUUGGCAUCAAAUUUCAACAUAAUGAUUACGAGAGAGAUUCUGCUGUUGGGCGGACUCAUUGACUGCUCUAAGGAAAGUAUCGGAAAUGCACUCACACAACAAAAAGCUGGACGAGCCAUAGUGAUUGCUGUAGGCGGAGCUGAAGAAGCUCUCGAAGCCCGUCCGGGGGCGCACAAGUUGAAAUUGCUCACACGGAAAGGAUUUGUAAAAUUGGCACUCCAAUAUGGCGCCUCUCUAGUUCCCGUGUAUUCGUUCGGGGAAAACGAUCUUUUCUAUCAGCUCGAUAAUCCUGAGGGAUCUUUGGUGCGCAAAGUUCCAAACAUUGUCGAAAAAUCUGCUCGGAAUUUCGAUGCCUCUUUUCUACGGAAGAGGGCUGCUUCAGGUAAAAUCCACUGCUAA